CGGCUACUCAUUCGUGAAGCUCGUCUGAACCCUCGUGUAGGCCGCAGAUUUUUAAUCUCAUCUUCAAAUAAAAAAAUGUCUUUCAUCGGCAAGAAGUACAAGCUGGAGAAGUCCGAGAACUUCGAUGAGUACAUGAAGGAAUUGGGCGUCGGCAUGAUCAUGCGCAAGGCUGGCAACAGCGUCAGCCCCACCGUCGAGGUGACCCAGGAUGGUGACACCUACACUCUGACCACCACCUCCACCUUCAAGACAUCCACGAUCAGCUUCAAGCUGGGCGAGGAGUUCGACGAGGAGACCCUGGACGGACGCAAGGUGAAGAGCAUCAUCACCCUGGAGGGCAACAAGCUGACGCAGGAGCAGAAGGGCGACAAGCCCUCGACCAUUGUCCGCGAGUUCACCGACGGCGAGCUGAUCACUACCCUCACCAUUGGCAGCGUGAAGAGCGUGCGCACCUACAAGGCCGUCUAAGCGCCCCGGGAGCUGUCCUCGACUGAUCUAUAACUAUAACCAUACGACUACUUGCAUUGCAACUAACUCAGCCACUAUUGUUAUUGACUAACAGUAAAUUAAACUAAACCCAAAGGAGCAGCACACCUAACAUUAAUUUAUAAUCGCACGAGUACACACCCCGAUGGUGUAUUGUGGAGCGAAAUUCCAAAUGCAUUUUUGAAUAAACCAAAUCACUGAAGUGCUUUAAAAA